ACUUCAAUUAUCAGCCAAAAGCCAAAAAAAAAAAACACUUUUAGACCUUCAAAAAGUUAGAAAAAUGUCUGACACCAAUUGUUGCUUAUGGGAUUAAAUGGGUGAUCCUAACCAAGUGUUAUUCUUCCACUGCAUUUUUCUUUUGCAGGUGAUGAUCUUCAAAUAAACAUGGCCUCUAUAAAUACUUUAUCUUUAUACUUUAUUCUUAAUCUUUUCUUUCUGCUGCUUCCUGUUAACCCUUUGCUUGCGUUUUCAUUGAAAAACUGUACGAUACUUUACAAGGAGAACAUCUCUGCUGAUGUUUCUGUGGACUGCAGAAGCAUGAACUUUGUGACUGUCCCUGAUUACAUCCCUAAAAAUACUUCGUCRAUACAACUUGGAGACAAUCAGCUCCUAAGUAUUWACAGAAAAGACUUUUAUGGCAUGUCAAAGCUGAUUAACCUGAAUUUAACAGUGAAUAAAAUUGCUUACGUUGAACCAGGGUCAUUUWUYRACUUGGUUUUAUUGGAGACACUUGAUAUGGGAAAUAACAAACUUACCAGUCUGACAGUCAAYAUGUUUGAAGGCYUGUCCAACCUCACAGUUCUGGUCCUCAGCAGAAACAAGAUCCAGCAUAUUCAUGAAUCUGCCUUCCAGUSUUUGACCAGCUUACAAACUCUUGAUAUCGCCAAUGUUCAACUUAAGAAAGUUGCAGAAAUUCUACCAGUCUUCCAUCUCCCGCAAUUACUUACACUUAACUUAAAAUACAUCAGAUUUACUACUUUUGACACCAAAGAUCUCCCUUUGAAUCUCUCCUUGAGCCUUAAAGUGUUGGAAAUUUCUAAUUCUAAUUUGAAAAUCUUGAGCAUCAUAGGGCCAAUUUCCCCUUAUCUCCAGACAGUAGACGUUUUAGUCACAGAUAGUGUAAAAUGGGUGUUAUUUGACAAAAGCUUACUGAAGAACAUAACAAGCUUGGAUGUUGCCAUAGCAUCAGAUUCCUUUGACGUAAUCCAUAAAGUUUUGGAAAGUCUUGAAAGACUGAGAGAUAUAAAGUUUGAAUGUGUGGAUAACUGGAUUGAAAAGGGUCUGCUACCUGCAGUCUGCAAAAUACAAACACUCARGAAGCUUACUAUUUCCGAAAGCCAUUUUUACAAUUUUACUACUGACCUUGCAUCGUGCGCCCAGCUCAGAGAACUUAACCUGGAAAAUACUUUCAUGAAUAAACUGUCAAAAGGUUCAAUGCAAUCAAUGACACAACUGCAAUUCUUAAACCUGGGUUACAACUUCCUCACCRAAGUUCCAGAUGACAUAAGCAGCCUCUCUACUCUUGAGAUCCUGAUUAUGAGUGCAAAUGACAUCUCUGGGUUGAAAUGCGGUGAUUUUUCCAACACCACGGGCCUGAAAGAACUUUACUUGAACAUUAACCGCAUAACCCAACUGGAGAGGUGUAUUACUGAAAACCUCGUCAAUCUAAAGGUUUUGGAUAUGAGUACCAAUAAGCUGAUGACAUUCGGAGAUUCUUUCAAAAUUUCCCUGCAGAAACUUGAGGCCUUAGAUAUCAGCCAUAAYCCCAUAAGGUAUCUCGAGAAAGAUGUUUUUCAACAUUUAAAGUCUCUCAAAGAACUGAAAGUGGAAACCUAUCAUUUUGUAGACGUACCUUAUUUCAGUGGCUUAGAGAACAUUGAAAAUUUAACAAUCUACUUACAUACAGACAGGACUUUCCAAAGUCUUCAAUCAAACAAUGAUAAACCCUUYAGUGACGCUAACACAAUGAAGCAGCUAACUCUAAUCGGAAGCAGCAAUACCCAAUGGGUGCCCUUUAAUACAAUUAGGGAAAUGCUCAGAGCUUAUGGAGAUUUGGGAACCGUCACGGUUUUGAAUAUCUCUAUAAAUUACUACGAAGUGGAAACAUUUGAACUGAACCUCCAGCUAAACAGUCUGACCUUAUCAUCAACGGAUUUGUCAYACGUAAGCUCUAAAUUCUUCCUACCACUCCCAAACCUGCAGCACCUGGAUCUCUCCAAGUCUAAACUCAGGUCUUUGGAUUUUCUGGUCCAGGCCAACCUUUCUGCUCUCAGAUAUCUGAACCUAACUGACAAUGAGAUCAGCGUUAUUAACGAGACAGUCUUCCAGUCUCUACCCUCUCUGAGGUUCUUGGCUCUAGACARCAACCCGUUCUCAUGCGAGUGCUCAAACGCAGGCUUCAUCCACUGGGUAGUGACCAACCCCCAAACCCAGGUGGUAAACGCUCAUCAGUAUAAAUGUUUCUUUCCUGUGGACAAACAAGAAGCCUUGUUACUAGAAUUUGAUGUGCAGUCAUGUCGAGACGAUGGCAGCUUUCUAUACUUCAUUUCCAGCUCUUGUCUGGUUGCUCUGACUCUCCUCUCAUCCUUCGUCUACCACUUCCUGAGGUGGCAUCUCACCUACACCUUCCACCUCUUCUGGGCCUUUCUCUAYGACAGCAGGAAGGGGAGAAAGAAAGACCCUCAUCGGUUUGAUGCCUUUGUGUCCUAUAACGUCCGYGAUGAGGGCUGGGUUUACAGAGAGAUGCUUCCAGUGUUGGAGGGAGAGCAGGGCUGGAGACUCUGCCUGCACCACAGAGACUUCCAACCAGGUAAACUCUGUAUUGACGCUUUGCACAGAACACUUUUUACAAGUUUUCGCCUGUUUGAUGAGAAGAAAGAUGUUCUGAUUCUGCUGUUUCUGGAGGAGAUCCCCUCCUACCAUCUGUCUCCAUAUUACCGCAUGAGGAAGCUGGUGAAGAAGCGCACCUACCUGAGCUGGCCYCAGGCUGCACAACAUCCGGGAGUUUUCUGGCAGAACGUCCAGAGAGCUCUGCAAACAGGGGGCGCMCUCRCUGAAAACACGGACCCGCUGACCGGACCGGCUGGAAUUUGAGAAAUGUACAAUGGCUGUUAAUGUAACUUAAAUAUUAAGAACAAAAAUUCAAAUCAAAUUAUACAAUCACAAUACACAUCAUAUCAUCAUAACAUUUAAAAGCAAAAAUGGAGAACAGCUGACAUUAUUUCUUCUUCAUACCACAAAUAACAGUCAGAUCAAAGCAUGAAUUAAUGUACAUAUUGGCUGUAAGCAGAGGGUCGAGCAUUUUUCUUAAUGUUUAUGGCAUCAUUGUUUUUCCUUUUUCCAGGGUGGAUCACUCCAUUUCUUGCUAUUGUUAACCUAAUAUUUUACAUCAGGUUUGUGGUGUAUCUUCAUUUCUUCUAAUAUAUAGUGACCAUUGCUCCUCACAGUGAAAGAAUGAAUGGCUUACAUCACAUGUGCCAAACUCA